GCAAAGAGUACCACUCUUUGACCCGCCUUCUUCGUUUGUUCUGUUUUCAUUUGUCAAUAUUCUGCUCAGCGAAUUCUGUGGCGUGAAUUUCCUAGCAAAUUGAAAGAAUAGACUCGUCAUUGAGGCUAGAGUCAAGACAAUACGAGUAUUCGUUCCUUUGUGGCAGAUUCGCCUUGACCUAACAAGGCGGGUCGGCUCUCCAUCCAGCGAAUACAGACCCUUGCCAUGGAAUAAUCCUUACCUACCUAUACAACUCAUCAUUCUCUAAUCUUUAGUUAACUCUGCUGCUGUUUUCUUCGCAGAUUUGGCAUUCAUAGCGACUAGACACACGAUGUGUCGGUCUAGGAUAGCCUGGCUGGCGUUUUCCGCUACACGGCUGGCCUCAUCUGUAUGUGGCCAGGAGUUCAAAUGGAUAGAUAAUCAGGUUAAUGCAACUAUAUGUUAUUGGACUGAUCUUAGAGUUGCCGUCCUCAAGGAUACAGUCUAUAUUGAUGGAGGCCAUAAAGCUUGGAUUCCCGGUAUGGCCAACGGGACAUUGGGUGAUCCGAUCGACGAUGAUAAUCCUUUGGGUCUAAUGUGGACGCUAAAUUUCGGUACUCCUUUCAACACAAGCACAAAUGCUAGUGCUAUACUUCAAACCUUGUCGAAGGCGCCCGGUGGCGGCGCCGCAAACGACUUUGCCCCUAAUUACUACGACGGAGCGCUGCUCGCUAAUAACGAUGAAUUAUUCUUAUACGGUGGUACACUAAUGUUAGCCUCAACUUACGCUGCACCAGAUGCAAACAAGGUGCUCGGCUACAUGGCGUCGCAAUAUGGGACAGAGAAAGAUUUCCACUCAGGGUUCCUAACCAAACAACUUCCCGAUGGCAUGACACGGUAUAUUACUUUUGGAGGCACAGCCAACGCUCCGUCCGAGAAUAAAGCAUGGUAUUUCGGUGGAUAUCGCUCAGAGUCCUGGGGACCAAUUUACGACGGUGUCAACUCUACGUAUGACCCAGCUAACGUCUCUAAUACCUUCAUCACCCUAGACAUGGGCACGCAACAAGCAGAGUCCUGGAAAAAUGUGACCCUCCCGACUGGAACCCCGAGCCGUGCAAGUCCUUCCAUGGUCUGGGUCCCCGUAGGAGAACAAGGCAUCCUGGUCGUAGUGGGUGGUGUGACAUAUCCCGAUUAUGAUAAUUACGAGCUCACAUCCCAAAACGAAGCCCAAAGUAAAAAAGAUAGCCCCAGUUUCAUGUCGAAUAUUGAUAUAUACGAUGUCGCGAGUAACAAAUGGUAUCAGCAACCGACCUCUGGUAGCCCACCUCAAUACGCGAAGGGUUGCGCAAUCGUUGCUACCGCGCAGGACCGCUCUAGUUAUAAUAUCUACUAUUAUGGAGGUUAUGAUGGUCUUGAUGAAUCCUCAAACUACAAUGAUGACGUAUGGAUUCUCUCACUCCCAACAUUCAUGUGGAUGAAGGCUUCCUCGGGUACGCCAGACCACGGUCGGGCUGGACAUCAGUGCGUGACGCCAUACCCGGAUCAAAUGAUAACUAUUGGAGGAAAGACAGGCAACAAUGCCGAUACUAUCGAAUGUCUCGAAGGAGUUUUCCAAGCCUAUAAUCUCACGUCUGGGGCAUGGAUGGAUUCAUAUAACCCAGAUAGCUGGGCGCCAUACGGGGUCCCGGAGAUGAUUCAUGUGAUGAUAGGCGGUAGUUACUCUGGCGGUGCAACAGUUACCACCCCAAGCCCUUCAGGAUGGGCCACGCAAGCACUCGGAAGCGUCUUUGCUACUCAUUACCCUACAGAGAAGAUAGCAACAUAUUACCCUUACAGUUCUAUGGGUCCUUCCAACAGUACUCGAGGAUCGGACGACGGAAGCAGAGGGAAAGGUACACCUUCUUGGCUUGCAGCGGUGUUGGGUGUAGUCCUCGGUCUUGUUUUUGUUACGGCUGUCGUCGUUGCUAUAAUUCUCUAUAGGAGACGGAGACUCCUGAAGAAGAACGGCAGCGAGCACUCGACCAAUGAUAACAGCAAUAAGAUUGCGUCUUGGAUGAGAGGCCUGCAGAGCGAUGGCAAGGCGCCAACCGUGACCUCCGAAGAUACGCGAGUCCAAUACGACGACAUGGAAAGUCGAGGCGUUUCACCGGGCCACAUGGAAAUGAAAAUGGCUCAGCCCUCCGAGAUGUUGGGCACGCCUUUAGUAGAGCUUAUGGACACAUCGCCUGGUCCGCCCCCAUCCGAAUUAGUCGGUAGCACGGGGGACAAUAGUAACACGGGAUUCACACAUAUCGCGCGGUCGCCCUUCGCCUCGAAUCCACAUAUGCCACGUUCCACCGCGACACCCACUAGCCAACCCUUUAUUUCGAAUACCGCAUCCCACGACCACGCCCCUAGUAUCAGCUCCUCUCAAGUUGGUAACCCGCCUCCUCCGAGUUACACACAGAGACCCGAUUCCCCGCCUUUGGGCCAAGCAGGUGCACCUGUUAAUAGGAGUGCGAGCGGCAUGGGGUCGAACCCCAGGCACUCGAGGCAAAUAAGCGAAGAUACAGUGGACUCGUCCAUGAUACCCCGCGCCCCGACGCCCCCGCCGCAACACAACGUGCCCUUCGCACCACAGCAAGCGAGUCCCCCACUACCCGUCAGCCCACCCAGUGUAACUGGCGUGGACGGCGGAUACGAAGCACUCGACUAUUACAGCGUCCACGGGGGUUCGAACCUACAACCGGGGUCAAAUAACUCCCCGAGGCGGAGUAUUUUCCAAGAGGAUAAGGCUGGGCUAGGACAACAUGGCGACGGGAGGAAUUCCUAAAUGCGAUGAGACAAAGAUAAAUAAAAUAAAGAAGGCAAAAUGGGUGCGGGGAGCGAUUUAUGAUUCUUAUGUCCUGCUUUGAAUAUCUGAAUUUACUAAAUAAUUUUGACAUUUAUCCCAUUUGAAGAUACCAAGCAGGAGUUUUUAAUUGUCCAUCGGCGACGCGGUUUUGGGGUUGGUUAGGCGAAUCUUACCUUUGGAUGGGAUAGGGGGUAAAACGUGAUUUUCCC